GCCUCGCUGCCCUUGGUAACCAAGCGGAGUCACGUGACGGAGCCGAGAGCCCAGCUGAAGGAAGGAGCGCUCGGCUUUUCUGCGGUGAUCUGCCUCGACCGUUCUCGGCAGGAUGUCGGGCAAGGACAGGAUCGAGGUCUUCCCUUCGCGGAUGGCUCAGACCAUCAUGAAAGCCCGUUUGAAAGGAGCCCAGACAGGUCGCAACCUGUUGAAGAAAAAAUCUGAUGCACUGACUUUGCGAUUCCGGCAGAUUCUAAAAAAAAUUAUUGAGACAAAGAUGUUGAUGGGUGAGGUGAUGAGAGAAGCUGCUUUUUCACUUGCUGAGGCAAAGUUCACAGCUGGAGACUUCAGUACUACUGUGAUUCAGAAUGUGAAUAAAGCUCAGGUCAAGAUCAGAGCCAAGAAAGACAAUGUAGCAGGUGUGACUCUGCCAGUUUUUGAACAUUACCAAGAAGGAGGAGAUAGUUAUGAGCUGACUGGUUUAGCCAGAGGUGGGGAACAGCUGGCCAAACUGAAAAGGAACUAUGCUAAAGCAGUAGAAUUGCUUGUAGAACUGGCCUCCCUUCAGACUUCAUUUGUUACACUGGAUGAAGCUAUCAAGAUAACAAACAGGCGUGUGAAUGCUAUUGAACAUGUGAUUAUUCCCAGGAUUGAACGUACCCUGUCUUAUAUCAUAACUGAGUUGGAUGAAAGAGAGCGAGAGGAAUUCUACAGAUUAAAAAAGAUCCAAGAAAAGAAGAAGAUACUGAAAGAGAAAAAUGAAAAAGAACGAGAAUUACGGAGGGCUGCUGGAGAGCAACAACGUGAACCAGUCAAUUUGCUUGCAGAAGAAAAAGAUGAGGAUCUUCUCUUUGAAUAACUACUUACAUGUAUAAUAUGUGACUGAGAGCAGUGAGUUUGAGAUACAGAACUGGAAACAUUGUGGUGCUUUUUUACGUUGUGGCUCUUCUUUUGGUGUAUUAGCCUGAACUUUCUGCUUAUGCUGCUUUUAACCCAUGAAUGUUUCUGUUGUUGAAAACAGCUAAUGUGUGAUAAUGUUACAGCCUUGCAGCUGGAAAAUUUCCAGUACUACCUUCCUUUCUCCAUUUCAUUCCUUCAGCGGAGAAGAACUGGAGCAUUUGCUUCUGUUGUUCUCUGUUAUAUACUUAAGAUUCCCCUUUAUCCUUUUCUUGUAUACUGCCAAAUUCUUGUGAGCAAAAGUUAGUUUUAAUCUUUGUGUUCGCAAGUGAAAGCAAUCAUAACUGUGCAAACUUAUUAAAUGAACAGGAUUCUUAUCAAAACUUGAUUGAAAAGAACUGUAGCUGCAUUUCGUUGGUUUUCCUUUCCUCAAAGAAACUACUUCCAUGUUAAGUUGUAUCUGUCAACUCAUUUAUGCUGUAAAGUCAGUAAAGGAAUAUGUCUAAACUCA